GUGGAAUUGAGACAAACAAAGGCGAAACAUAAAACCGUGACCAUCACGGACUCAUUUGUUGCACAAGUCCGCAAAAGUCGAACUGGAACUUCCAGUGCUUAUUCAUCAACUCCGGUUGUGGCAAGAGCUGCGCGGCGAGGCUGGUGUUAUCAGACGGACCUGAUUGCCCUUGUUCGCCCCACAGCAACAAACCACCGAACUGGCUCUGACUGGCCCGUUCUGGCGCCUUCCCUGCACUUCCCUGCCUCUGCCUGGGCCAGAAGGUGGCUCCUGCCCCGGCCUGACACAUGAGCUCAGCCACCCCGCGCCCGCCUGCCUUGAACCGGCAGCCCGACUCUCUCUAUCCUGUUUGCUCAUUGACCGACCGACCGACCUAUUUAACUUCCGCCCGCUCCCAUCCUCCAUAUCUUUUCUCUUUUCCUAAAACCACUACACAACUCACCCUCUUGAGCCAGCCAUCAAGAAAGGCCAUCUCCCUCCAUCAACGAUAUCAACUCUCAUCACACAAGAAGCGAACCAUCAGUCGCCACGAUGCAGAUCUUCGUCAAGACUCUCACUGGCAAGACCAUCACCCUCGAGGUCGAGUCGUCGGAUACCAUCGACAAUGUAAAGGCCAAGAUCCAGGAUAAGGAGGGCAUUCCCCCUGACCAGCAGCGCUUGAUCUUUGCCGGCAAGCAGCUCGAGGAUGGCCGCACCCUCUCCGAUUACAAUAUCCAGAAGGAGUCUACGCUCCACCUCGUCCUCCGUCUCCGUGGCGGUAUGCAAAUCUUCGUCAAGACCCUGACCGGCAAGACCAUCACCCUUGAGGUGGAAUCUUCCGACACCAUCGACAACGUCAAGGCGAAAAUCCAGGACAAAGAGGGUAUCCCACCCGACCAGCAACGUCUUAUCUUUGCCGGCAAGCAACUUGAGGAUGGUCGCACCCUCUCUGACUACAACAUUCAGAAGGAGUCCACCCUUCACCUUGUCCUUCGCCUCCGCGGUGGUAUGCAGAUCUUUGUCAAGACUUUGACCGGAAAGACCAUUACCUUGGAAGUGGAGUCGUCAGACACCAUUGACAACGUGAAGGCAAAGAUCCAAGACAAGGAGGGCAUCCCGCCUGACCAGCAGCGCCUCAUUUUCGCUGGCAAGCAGUUGGAGGACGGCCGGACUCUGUCCGACUACAACAUUCAAAAGGAGAGCACCCUGCACUUGGUGUUGAGACUUCGUGGUGGCAUGCAGAUUUUCGUCAAAACCCUCACCGGAAAGACGAUCACAUUGGAGGUCGAGUCUUCGGAUACGAUUGAUAAUGUGAAGGCCAAGAUUCAGGACAAGGAGGGUAUUCCUCCUGACCAGCAGCGCCUGAUUUUUGCUGGCAAGCAGUUGGAGGACGGCCGGACUCUGUCCGAUUACAACAUCCAGAAGGAGAGCACACUCCAUCUGGUGCUCCGUCUCCGUGGUGGACAGUAAGCGGGUUAUGGUUAUGCAUCUGGGAUAUGAAUGAGGCGUUCAGCGUUAUGGGUGGUUGACCGACAUGGCAGCCAAUGGUUUUUUUGGGUUCAUCUAAGCACAU